AACAGCGUUAAAUUUUGACUUUGUUAACGAUGCGUGGAAUCAAGAUCCGUGAUGAAGAUCGAGAAAAAAUCCCAGCGAAGUACAUUUGUACUUACUGUCAUCACCUUCUAAUCAAUCCAAUGCAGACCAUGUGUGGACAUUUGUUUUGUAAAUCUUGUAUGGACAUUAUUCUUGGAAAUCCUGAUCCAAAAUGUCCUGAAGAUAAAGAAAAUUUGACCAAGGAAAACGUUUUCCCGGAUGCUUUUACGAAGCGUGAGUUAAAAAAGAUUCAAUUACACUGUCCAUCUGAAGAGUGUAAAUGGUUUGGUACACACGAAGAAUUGGAGGUGAGUUGGGCACUGAAAUUAAUCAAAAAAUUGUGGCAUUUUCACUUAUAAAGGGAUACACCGAAUCUAAGGGAUUAGGUACAACAUCUUCCACAAUUUCGUGCUCGUCUACACCUUUCGUAACGCUUAACAGAGCACGCAAUAUUGACUACGUUUCUUCUUGCUUAUUAAUUAAUGUUUCCAGUUUGGUGAGAACUGAUCUUUGGAAGCCUACAAGAUAGAUAAGAAAAUAAUAGAAUAACUUACGUAUAACCUACGUAAUAUCUUAAAAAUAUAAAACCUUACAACAUGCUAACAAGAAAAUUCAAAUAAAAAUCGCAUCAAAUUGCUAAUUGAAUACGCGUACAUAAUAACAACGCUAUUCAAAAACUA